UACAAGUUUGUAUUUUUUAAAUAUAGUAAUGAGUUCGAAGUGCUGUGUGAUAUACUUCCAUAUACUGAAUUUAUCAUUUUCCUCCAGCCAUGCAGUCUUGUGACUAAUGACCCUAUAACUAACACAUCGUAUAUAAUUCAUCUAUUGAUGUACAUUAAACCAGAAGAAGAAUGUAUUCGAAUCGAAGUAUAUCCAAAAAUAAAUAAAAUUGUGUAUAAUACUAAAGGAAUGUAAUGUACGGAUUUUUAAAAAAACGACACCAAAUUGUAGCUUUUGUAGUAUUAGCUUUCAUUUUGGGCUGUAUGUUUACGAUAGCAAUUAUGCCAAUAGAUCGUUCGUGCAAAAUAGAACAGACGGAUAAAGAAUUUAACAUAAUGAAAAAUUCAAAAUUCAAAAGCCCUGAAGUUAUAAUACUUAUAUUGUCAGCUCCAAAUAAUUAUAAUAAAAGAAAGACUGUAAGAGAAACUUGGCUCAAACUUGAAGAUAAUUCAGAAAAUAUCAAUAAACGAUUCAACUAUAAACAUUACUUUGUUAUAGGAACACUUUUUUUGCCCACUAGAGAAAGUAAGAAAAUUGAAGAAGAGCAACUCUUACACAAAGAUAUUUUAUUGUUACCAAUUCAGGAUUCAUAUAAAAAUCUAAUUGAAAAGAUUAAAUAUAGCUUUCAUUGGUUAGACACACAAUUUAAUUACGGAUUAAAUUUUAAAUAUGUUUUGAAAUGUGAUGAUGACAGUUUCGUAAAUUUGAACAAAUUAAUGUUAGAACUUACACAUAUAGAAAACAAUUAUCUAAAAAUUUCAUCAACCAUGAACGAUUUAAAAACUAACAUUAUUUCCACAAAUUAUCAAAUGGGUAAUAAGAAACCCAUUGACCUAUAUUGGGGAUAUUUUAAUGGAAAUGCUAGAAUAAAAACCAAAGGAAAAUGGAAAGAAACAAAUUGGAUAGCAUGUGAUAGAUAUGUGCCAUAUGCAUUAGGUGGAGGAUAUAUGCUUUCCAAAGGGCUUAUUUCAUAUAUUUCAAAAAACAUGGAAGAUUUAAAGUCAUUUAACUCUGAAGAUAUAAGUGUUGGAUUCUGGUUAUCUCCAGUUGCUAAUAUUCUCAGAAUACAUGAUAUUAGAUUUGAUACAGAGUGGACUUCACGAGGAUGCAAGAAUCACCACCUUAUUACUCACAAUAUUUCUCCUAAUGAAAUGAAAAUAUUAUACAAUAACUUGUUACAAACCAAUCAGAUGUGUAUUCAUGAAAGUACAAAAAGACAUGAUUACAUUUACGAUUGGAAUGUACCACCUAGUCUAUGUUGUAAAACCAGUCAAGAAAAAGUAAUAAAACUUGAGAAAAUUUGAGGCAGAGUUUACUAAUACUGUGUUAUUCAACGUUAUGUAAAAUUCGAUUUUUUGAUAAUUGAACAGAUUAUAUCUGUACUUGCUUAAAAAUAAUCAGACUUGAAUUAGUUUAAUCAUAAAAUGAAUUUAUCUCUGAUGAUGAUGACAAAAUUCAAACCAAGCAUGAAAAUACACAACUAAGUGAUGUUUCAAUUGACUAAAGAAAAUUCUAGAGACCAAUACCCAUUUAGUAAGCAUGAAAGUAUGAUCAUCAAAUUGUAUAAAACCCUUUUAAAGGACUAACAUGCUCAAACUAAUACUUACGAUUUAAAUAUAUGUGAAAAAGCUCAUCAUAUGGUUCUAGAAUGCUUCGACAUUGCAAACAUACACAAAAAGAGUAUUUGACAAGAAUGUUUAAGAACAAAGAUAAUGGGAGCAUAAUAAACCUUAAUGUUGUACAUCUUCUUCAAAAUAAUACCAUGCUGGAUCCCCAUUUCAGUCUGAUUAUUCUUAUAACUGACAAUUACAUAAGACUGUUUCUAUAUAAAAAAAAAUGAAAUAUAAUUUACCUUAUUCAUCAACAAUAUACAAAUUAUCAAAGAACAAAUACGAUUUAUUUUUUUAUUUUAAAAAUUAGUUUCUAACAGUGCAGCUUCAUUCACUAGUCACUUGGGGAGGGUUACCAUGGUCACAAAUAUCUGGUUAUCAAUUUCGAUAUUUGAAGAUAUGAAUUAUUAAAUAAUGAUAAACUUUUGUUGUUUAUUUCAGAAUGUAAUUUUCACCAUGAUUAUGUUAUAUUUUUAUUUUUUUUAUAAUUCUAUUGAUUUUUAUAUUUGCAUAGAAGACUAGUAGAUCUAUCACGCCUAGAGCUUACAUAGACACUAAGUUCUAAUAAUUGACUAAAUGACUUUUUAUAAAAAAUUUUAUUUAAAUUAAUUGAUGUAUAAUACAAAACUAACACUAGUAUUUUGUCAAAAAGUGAACAAUAACUAAUGGCUCUUCUGAAAACAUACACCAGUAAAGAAAAAACAACUAUAUUCAUAGAUACAAUGUAGUAUCUUUAUUGUCCCAAUCACUUUUUCUAGCCUUGGCCUUAUUUUUGUCCAUAUGCCUUGGAGGUGUAUUCUCACAUUGUACUUGAUCUUUAGCAUUACCUUUUCUUGAUUUAAACACUGGAAUUUUACUAACAACAUAAUCAGAUCUGGGUUUGUCACUAACUUUCAACUUUUGUGUAGAUUUAGCUAUAAAUUCAUUACCAUUUCUAUUUUUUAAAGGUGACCUUUCCAUAUUUUCUCUCAAUUGUACAAUUCUAGGACAUACAACAAAAUCAUCUUCAUAUAUAAGAUUUGUCAAUUUUUUAUCCAACUCCUUGACAUCUGCAGUUAUAUUAAUCAAUGGUUUUGAAGGUUGUGACUUUAUUUCUUCAUGACAUACACUUGAACUUGUAAAUAUACCAGCUGGAGCUUCACGUACUUCUACUUUUACUGGUACAUCUUGUUCUGCUUCAGUUUCAGAGACUAUUUGCAUACUUUCAAAAUUUGUGUUAAUGUUUUCCAUUAUUUGUGGCAUUUCAUCAAGCACAUCUUUUGAAGAAUCAACAGAAGUAGAUAUAUCAAUCUUAUCUUCCUUAGCUAUGUAUUCAUCAUCUAAAUGUUUAUAUUGAUCAUUCUCUUCAAUUCUAUAUUUUUCUUGCAAUAUUGAAUCUAAAUCAGUUUCUGUAUAAUCUAUAUUAGUUUCUAAUAGACCUACUAAAGAACGUCUUUUGUGUGAAUCUAGACGGACUCUUAUGGGACUACUUUCAAGAAGUUUUGGAGGAAUACUGGAAGAUUGUGUAUCUAUUAAUUCUGCUAAAUUAGCUUUGUCCAAAUUUUUAUUGUG